AUGGCGGAAUCAUCCAACGCCAACCCUACGUUCUCUGGUCUGAAGACCGAUGACACCUCCAGUGGGGAAGUCGAGGAAGUAUUGAUGCUAUCUGCCACCCUGGACCUAACAACUCCUGACAGUGGUUAUGACCUCUCAAGCCUGCUAACAUUCGACCCUGAAUCCAUCGAGCCAGCUACGUCUAAAGCAAGUGCAGAAUGCGGGAGGGCGAGUCGGGCUGCCCGGGACGAGGAGCGGCAUGACCCCGAGACGGGGUGCGGGGGCGAGGCGGCGGGGCAGGCGGCUGCGGACUGCGCCGCGGUGUGCUGCUGCUGCCCCAUGGCGCUGCUGGAGGUGCUCCUGCUCGUCGCCGUCCGCCUCCCCGCCGACCUCCUCCGCCGCGCGCGCCUCCGACGACGCCGGAGACGCCGCCGCAGGGGCGGCGACGCGUCGCUGUCGGGGAGCGCCAAGGCGAUGAUCGCGGCCGUGGACGCGCUCGAGGCGGACGAGGCGGCGGCCGGCGCCAGGCGCGCGCAGGCGGAGGUGGAGGCCGCGUCGGAGCUCGAGCGCGAGAUCAUGGCCUCGCGGCUCUACGGCGCCGGCUUCUGGCGCAGCGCCUCCUCACGGUCCAGCUCCUGCGCGUCCUCCGCGCGCCGGCCGUGAACGGCGGCGGCCACGUCAACCUCGUCUUCCCCGUCGAGUGUGCUUGUCU